AUGGCCGCCGCUGGGCAGGAUGCGGCUCCGCAGUGCCAGGAGGAGCAAGGGAGGGCAGCUACUGGGGGCUACGAGCCCGAGCAGUGCCGCGAAUUGCUGGACGAGUCCUGCGCCGUGUGCAUGACGCAGCUGAGCAACUUCGACCACAUAGCCAGCCCCGACGGGUGCCACCACGCGUUCUGCCUCCCGGACCUCCGCGAGUGGGCCAACCGCAGCCGCUCGUGCCCCACGUGCCGCGCCUCGUUCCGCCACCUCCGGGCCUUCGUCGUCGACCAGAUCCGUCUCCGCGCGAACGGCGCCGACGUGGAGAUCGAGGAGCAGGUCGUCAAGCUCCCCGCGUGCGAGCAGCACGGCGACGGCGACUCGGACGGCUCGGACGACGUCGACGAGCUGACGUGCUCGCGGUGCCGGUCGGGCGCGCACGAGGACCGCCUGCUGAUCUGCGACGGCUGCUCCCGCGGCUGGCACACCUUCUGCGUCGAGCUCGACGGCGUCCCGGCCGGCGCGUGGCACUGCCCCGCGUGCAGGCCCACUGACUUCGCCCCCUCCGUGGUGGCCGCGGUGGCGGAGCGGCACGCGUCGGACGAGGAGGCCGAGGUCAUGCCGCAGCCGAGCGCGCGCGAGCGUGCGAACCGCGAGAGGCGCGCGCAGCGCAGGGCGACGCUGGCGGGCGUGCGCCGGGUGCGGCGGCUCGUGGAGCUGCAGGAGCGGUUCCGCCGCGCCGCCGAGGACAGCCGCGUGCGCGUUCCUCGCCCGAGCGCCCCGCGGCCGACCCCGCCGCGCGUGCAGCUCGGCGCCAGCCUGCCCGCGCCCCUCGACGACGGCUCCCUGCGGUGCGCCGGGCUCCGCGGCGGCGCGCAGGCGGCGAUGUUCGGCGGGGGCGCAGUCACCGCGAACGCGAUGCCGGCGGGGCGCGCGCGGGACCUCCAGGCCAUGAGGGAGAACUGGGCCGCGCUGCAGUCGGGCGGGCUCAACUGGGAGGCGAUCACGGCGCCGCGACGCGCCCAGGCGCCCCCUGGGCGCAUUGCUGGCGUGCCUAGGCUCGGCACGACCGCGGCGGAGGCAGGAGAGGGCGAGCCGCGGCACGUGCACGGUGCGGUGAGCGAGGUGCGCGCGCCCCCGCGCGGCGGCUCGAUGCUCGACCGGCUGCGCGGCAUCGUGACUGCGUCGGAAGCGAGGUCGGCCGCGGCGAGCUCGGACGCGGGCGCGGACGCGAAGCCAGCGCGGGCGGCCGGCCGGCGCUCCUCGGGGCGUCGCGGGCGGCGCUGCGGGCCGCGCGGCCGCCCGCACCGCGGCCGCCGCGCCUGCGGGUCUCCGGCUGCGCGGCGGCGCGCCAGGAACGUCGCCGCCCGGUCCGUCCCACGGCAACGCGGAGGAGGAGCACCUGCACAACCUCGCGGCGGAGCACGAACGCGCGAGCGCGAGGCCGGCGCCGAAGCCGAAGCCGAAGCCCAACCCCAGCCGCUUCGCCGCGUUCGAUCCCGCGUGGCUCGCCGCGCCGAAGCCGCGCCCCGUGCCGGCGCUCCCGGGCGGGUCCGCAGGGCCCGUUCCGCCGUCGCCGUCGUCUGCGCCAUCACCGCGCGCCGCAGCGGCUCCGCCCGCGCCGUCCCCGCGGCCACCGGCGAGCGCGCCUCCGCGUCCACCAGCGCCGGCGCCCUACGACGCCGGUGGCGGGGCACCGCCGCCGCCGCCGCAGCACGCGGGCCACCGCGGCUGGGCCGACGCGGAGCCGCCGGCACCGUCGUGGCACGGCGGAGGCCGGUACGACGUGCCCUCGCGCCGCCCUCCGCGCCGCCGCCGCCGCCCGCGUACGCCCGCCAGCGCGCCGCCAGCGCAGCGAGGAGCGCGCUGGGGCGCCCGGCGCCCACGCAGGACCCGGCCUUCGCCGCCCCGCCGCCGAGCGCCCCUCCGCCGCCGCGGUCCGGGCCGAUGAACCUGCGCAUCCCCGCGAACCUCAACGACGUCCCGGCGCCGCCUCCGGCGCCGCCGUCGCCGCCGCCGCCCGCGCGGGAGCCGUCGCCCCCGCCGCCGGCCGCGGCGGAGCCGGCUCCGGCGCCGACGUACGGCGACGAGGACGUCGCGCAGGCGAAGGAGAAGGCGUUUUUGCGGGCGCGCAACGAGCUGAAUCCGAGGUUCAAAAAGGGGACGUUGUCGCGGGAGGCGUUCAAGGCCGUCGGGCGGGCGGCGACGCACGCGCUGGUGGACCGCGCGAGGAAGGCCGGCGCGACCGGGGGCCUCACGGCGGCGGUCGCCGCGCUGGGGGAGGAGGAGGUGCGAAGCAUCGUGGGGGGGCUCCUGGCGGCGGAGCGCGCCAAGGAGAAGCAGCGCCGCGGGAAGUAG